AUGAAAAAAUAAGAGCAGUAAACCACAUCAUAUUCUAAAAAUAAUAAAGAUUCAUUUCCUAAGUAGAAAUCUGGAGGAAAGAGAGGCAAAGAGGAUCAAGGAAAUAGUUCAAAUGAGUCUUCGUCCAAUAUGACUAGCUCACACAACAAUAGGCAUUUCAAAUAAAGACCCAUUCUUUACCCAGCCGAGUCAGAUAAUUAUGACAUACUUUACUCAGAAGAGGGAGAUGGUGAAAUAUUAGUUGAAAAAUCUCCCGAUCAAAAAGAGUUACAGCUCAUUACAUGCAUAGAUAUUUCAACUCUAUACAAAGAGAAAAGAACGAAAGCUAUAGAUAUUGCUAAGGAGUUCUAGAAACUCUAGCAUCCGAAUCUCCUCUCCAUUCUUGAGGAAUUCAAACUUUUGGAUAAUAGCGGAACUCUAUUAUUUAAAACUGAGGCUCCAGACCACAUAGCCGGCUGGAAAUCUUACUGCAAAAAGAAAUUUACUACCGAGGAGAUGCUCUGUAUCUUCAAGCAACUAUGUAGAGGUCUGUCAUAUAUGCAUGAGAAAGGACUUGUGCACCGUGAUGUGCAUCCCACUAGAAUUCACUCGUCAAAAGGUCUCAUGAAAUUUAACAUGAUUGGGAUGCCCUAUAACUAUAAAAAGCUUCUCAAAAAAGAUAACUUUUGCGGACACGUAAACUACUCAGCACCUGAACUUAUUCUCGAAAAAGUAAAUUUCACUCCGAAAGUUGAUGUCUGGUCCCUUGGCUGCUGCCUUUAUUAUCUCUGCACAAAGAAGGAUCCUUUUGAGGGCAGAAGUCCCCAAGAAAUUAAAUAAAAUGUGAUGUCCGGGAAACUUGAGAGAUAUCCCACUAAAAUAGAACCUAUUCUAAAGACGCUCAUUAACAAAUGCUUGGAAAAAGAUGAAAACAAUAGAUUGGAUGCUAACUAAAUGAUGGAAUUUUAGGAUUAGGUUGAGACAAGUCACUUUGGUGAGAUUAUCUCAACUAAAUUAAUUUAAUAGAGCCACGAGUAAUAUAUCAUAUCUUGUGAUGACAAGUCUAGAAAUUUCGAUAAAAAUCAAUAAGCUGAAAUGUUUUAGGCAAGUUAAAAUUUCUAGAAAUAUCAAAACCCUUAAUUCUUCUAUGGAAGAAAUUACUAGUUUAACUAUGAUUAAGGUUACUAAGGAUAUGAAGAACAGAGUCCUGCUCCUCAUAAGAUAAAUUAUGACUACUAUGAUGAAAAAGGAUCAUAUGCUGGAUCUUAAAACAGAUCUGGUACUGGAGGACAUUAAUAAUAUUUAGAUUAGUAAUACUCAAGCCAUGCAACAUCAAAUUACCAAUCAAACUCUUAACCUUCGAGAAAGACAUAGCUCUCAUAGAACUAUGCUUAAUACAAGUAAUAUAACAAGAAAUCAGGAGAAGAAUCAAACUAUGGUGCUUAUACUAGAGGAAGAGGAAUUUCAUCUAAUCAAUCCUAACAACAAUCAAAUAAUUAGAAAAAUUUCAAUAAUCAAAUGAAGGUGUAGAACGAUUAAAUAGAGCAACAGUAUCAUAACUAUAACAAGUAAAACCAAAGAUAAUUUGAACAAAGUAUAGAUAAAAGAACCGAAAGCAUUAUAUAAAAUAAUAAUCAAAACACAGUUAAAGAAUCACCAUCAGAUCUCAAGGUUUAAGAAUUGCAUCUAGAUAAUGAUUAAAAGCAGCUGAAUUAAUCACCAAUCUAAUCAACACCUGAAUCAUAGUAAACCCAAAACCAUUAUAAUCUUACUCAAACUAACUUGUCUAAAUUCAAUGAACAGUUCAAAGAAUAAGACACGUAAAAGUAAGAUAAUAAAACUUAGUCUUAAAAUUAAAAGCAAUAAAAUCCUUCUAAUAAUUAAGUUAUUGAAAGAGAAGAAAUUAAUCAAAACUUGAAUGCACAAGUCAUAAAUACAAAUGAUGACUAAGCUGCUAUUCCAGAUUCUAUAUUCAGUAAUGAUUUCUUCAAGUUUGAAAGAAAUUCUAAUUCUGAAAUAGUUACUGAUUGCAACGAGUACAAUUCUGAUCCAAACAAAGAAAGUAAUGUGACUCAAGAAAAUCCAAGUUCUAAUGAAUCACGAAAUGACCCUAAUAAGGAUGAAAUAGAAAACAUUGUUGUGUAGAUGGUCGAUGUCAGCCAGAGAGUGAAGAAUUAGCUUCACUAUUUUGAUGGCACAAAGUACGUAGGAGAGGUAAUGAGACAUGGGUCUGGAAUGUACUAUGACUAAGAUGGAUCGAUUUAUGAUGGAGAAUGGUAUGAAGAUUAGAAAUCAGGCAGAGGCAAAAUGCUCUUCCCUGACGGAUCAUUUUAUGAUGGUUAGUGGAGCGGAGAUAAGAUGCACGGGCAAGGUAUUUACAUCUCAAGUACUAGAGAUAGAUUCGAGGGUAGUUUUUCUUAUGGUCUUAAAGUUGGUUAUGGAACAAUGCAAUAUUACAAUGGAAACUCUUUCUCUGGCUAGUGGAGAAAUGAUCAAAUCCAAGGUAAAGGGUAAUUUGUUUUCAAGAAUGGAAACCAUUAUGAUGGUAAUUUCAUGAAUGGCCUUUUUGAGGGAUACGGUACUAUGCUAUUCGUAGGAAUAGGCACCUAUAAGGGAAUGUUUAUAGCAGGCAACUUAAAUGGUCAAGGAAGAUUUGAAUAUCUAGAUAGUUCAAUCUAUGAAGGAAACUGGAAAGAGAACAAGAAAUUUGGUACUGGGUAAAUGGUUGAGAGUGAUGGUGUAUCUGUUUACAAUGGGGAAUGGUUGAAUGAUUAAAAGCAUGGUAAGGGUAUUUUCUUGUAGAAAGGAAACUGCUUAAUUGAAGGAGUCUGGACACAGGGAGUGUUGACCGAGAUGAUCUAGUUUAAAUAUCUUUAGUGA